UAUUUCUCUCGGUUAUUGAAACUUUUUUUUGAGUGAAAUGGAUCAUCCUAUUGCGGGAAGGAGAGUGAGCAGAAUCAUGGGUCACGUGACUUCCCUAGAUGAAGAGCUCUCUUCACCCAAUUCACAUCUCUUACCAAUGAAUUGCAGUAGCACUCUAAACUCUUUUGUCCCACGACGUGAUAACACACUGUUUUUUGCACGCCAAGGUUCUGCUUCUCAAGCUUAUUUCAUGCAACAAGCUUCCAUUAAACAGAACUCAAAUCGCAGUAAUUGUCCCUCAAAGAAUGUAAAUUCUUGUUAUCAGUAUUCAGAAAAACCGUCAUUCUCUAGACAGGCUCAAACAAGUUGCAAUUUACCAACUUUAAAAGAUGGAAAUUGUGCGAAAGAGAAUUCUGCACCAAUUUCAACUGAAGCUCCUAAAUUUGCUAGACCUUACACUGAAACGAUCGAUAAAUCACAGUUCUGUUCCAAUCGAACAAAUCAGGUUUCUCUCUGUAAAGACAUGGAGUGGUCUCCUCGGAUUGAUGUUGCUGAAUCUGGUAACGGUUAUGUGGUGACAGUUGAACUUCCAGGUGUUAGUAUAAUGGAUAUCAGAGUGGAGAUAGAUGACCAGAAAUUAAUUGUGACGGGUAAGCGUGCAAGGCAACAGUUGGGAGUGGCAAAUGGAACUGACAAUCAAACCGUAAAAUAUCAUCGCAGAGAGAUUUUGCAAGGCCCAUAUCGAGUUUUUUGGCCACUGCCAAACAAUGUGAACAAGGAUGCAGUCUCAGCUGAUUUUAUCAAUGGGUUUCUGAAAAUAAAUCUCCCGAAACUCUGAGAAGUUCAAGCGCCACAUGUGAGUCUGCUCAUAGUCUGGUAUGUAAUACAUCAGUGCCUUUAUGUGCACAUAUGUAGUGUAUAUCCAAUUAAAAUAUAGAUUUGCAAUUCAACAAUUACUUAUGAACAGAGGUAUAUCAAGAAUGCAAAUAAAAAAUGUACCUGAAGUUUGUAAAGUAGAAGCAAGAUAUUAUGUACACUUUGCAGCAGAUAAAUAUUGUUAUUUUGAGACUGUUGCAGAUUUUACGGACAAAGUAUUGG